CCUUGUCGUCGAUCCACGGGGGUCCCGGGGAGCACGACCUCGUGUACGUUGCGCGGUACUCUCGGCCGCGCGUUCACGCCGUUUACGGACGAUACGUAUUUGACAUAACGAUCAAAAUGGCGACUCCGAAAACAAUUGUUACUCCAGCGCGCUGAUGUGCCACUUCACGUGGGGCACCUCCGCCUCCGGUCACCUCUCGCUUCUGUCACACAGUAGAUUUUACGUUCAGCCACGAGUGUGGAUUACGCCGAGAUUACGUUAUUCCGCGACGUACUCGCAAUCGGACGCGCGACGAAUGAUUUCUCCAAUUGGUGCGACAAAACCAAUUUGCCGCACGUCGAUACUUUGCCAAUUAUAAUCGCUGCGACUCGCGAUGGUGUAUUCUCGCGCAUAAAAGAGGCAUUUGACGGAGUUCGAAAUGCAGACAAUAAAAUGCGUAGUGGUUGGUGAUGGAGCAGUUGGUAAAACUUGUUUGUUAAUCUCUUACACUACGAACAAAUUUCCAUCGGAAUAUGUCCCGACAGUAUUUGACAAUUAUGCAGUCACUGUCAUGAUUGGCGGUGAGCCGUAUACCUUAGGAUUAUUUGAUACAGCCGGCCAAGAAGACUACGAUCGUCUACGUCCAUUAAGUUAUCCGCAAACCGAUGUAUUUCUUGUAUGCUUUUCGGUUGUGUCGCCAUCAUCGUUUGAAAAUGUUAAAGAAAAGUGGGUACCGGAAAUAACGCAUCAUUGUCAAAAGACGCCGUUUUUAUUGGUCGGUACGCAAAUUGAUUUACGGGAUGAUGCGGCCACCAUUGAAAAGCUAGCAAAAAAUAAGCAAAAGGCUAUUUCGAGUGAGCAAGGAGAGAAACUUGCUAAGGAAUUAAAAGCUGUAAAGUAUGUUGAAUGUAGCGCUCUUACACAGAAAGGACUUAAAAAUGUCUUCGACGAGGCGAUAUUAGCGGCUUUAGAGCCUCCAGAACCUGUUAGGAGAAGAAGGUGUAUUAUUUUGUAGAAGGCGUACGACUUUUUUUAUAAAACUGUUAGUUCUACAGUAACGAAGACUGUAAGUUUCCUCAUAUACACUGCAUGCAAAAGUUUUACAGUGACAAUUGUUAAAUUCUAAGGCAUAUAAUAAGUAUUUUAUAACAUUGGCGGCAUAUACGUGGAUAUGAAGCAAUCUUUAUCUAUAUUGGCAUUAUAUAAAUUUUAUAAUUAUGAAAUUGUAAUUGUAAUUAUUAAAUUAUAUCUUUGCCUUGUAUAAUGAAUGUUAUACCAACAUAUCUCGUAUUAUUCUGUGUAUCUCUGUGUUUGCAUUGUGGCGAUCAAAUGUAGGGAUUGUCUGAUCACAGAAUGUUAAAUGAGAGAUUCAAGAGAAUUUAGGGAUAUAUUAUAUAUAAUAUCCGUAUACCCAUCGUUAAAAAAAAAAAAUAAAAUAAUUUUGCUCAAUAUAAAAUGUUUCAUAAAGAAGAUCGUACGUUUUGUAUAAUUUCAUUGAUUUACGAUAUGACGUACACGUAUAUGCGAGAGUAUAAUAUCAUUGAUUUCCGCAUUUUCUAAUAUAUUUCGUAUAUUAAUUAAAAGUUUUUCGUCCUUUUGGAGUGCUCUACUCUUGAUUUUCUACAUUUUUUAAGGUACAUUCUCUCUGUGGUACCUAAUAUAUAUAUCAUAUAUACACACAAACACGUGUGCGAAUAAAACUAUCGAUAGAUUUAAUUAUUUAACAAAUCAAUAAAUUUUGCAUUGUACCUCAAAAAAAGUAUUUAAAUGAGAGUUACAAUGUAUAGUAUAACGUGUAUCGUUAUUAUGAUUUAUAAAAGACGACAGGAAAAAAGAAAUUCUUGUUAUUAUGGGAUUGUGUGUAGAAACAUCGCACGCGCGCAUACAUGUCUUUAGAUGUAGCUAGAUUCUAUCGUCAUAUCUAUGACAUUUUCUUGGUGGCCAUAUGUUAUCAGCAAAACACAUAUACUUAUGUUAAUAUAUUUGAUUAGUUUAAUAUAUUUCAUUGCAAUCAUA